CUUCCCUCCUCUUGCUGUUUGUUUUCUUAUCUCAGAGCAGGAUGAUUGUUGUGAAGCGAGUGCUGCUGCUGCUGCUGCUGGCGGCGAUCGGCUCCGACGCACGGCCGGGCCCCGAAGACUGUGACAGUCUGAGCAAAAGGCUGCCAACUAAAGACCUGCACAAGAUUUUCGGGGACUGGGUCUUGGUCUGGACCGUCUCUGAUAGUCAACACGGCUCGGACAUGCUGGUGAACCUCUCCAGCUCCCACAUCGAGUUCAAACUCCUCCCUGACAACAAAACCAUCAUGUACAACGAGAGGAACAUGUUCCUUGAUAAGACAUGCUCUAAGUACUUUUUCAACUUGUCGAUGCCCUCUGACCCGUCCGACUCUGAGAACUACACACUGUACAGCGGCGUGGGCACGCUGGAGAAGGACGGAGUUGUUCAUCUGUACAACCAAUCAGGCAGAGCGGAUUUCUAUGAGAGCGGCUCCGACUAUCUGGUGUUUGUAUUCAGAGACACCAGGGUCCAGUUCCUGCUCAUCUACAGAAGGGAGGGGCAGCAUCGGGAUGUUGAGCAGCUGAAAGCGGCCCACGGCGAUCAUCACGAACUAGCCGAGUGUCUGGGAUUUCCUCAAGACAAACCGUUCAGCUACGACGGAGCCGCAGAUUUUUGUCAUAAGAAAUCUUCUCCAGCGGUGGAGCCUGAACAGUCCUGAGGGAAGAUGUUGGAACAAACAAAAGUGUCAACGUAUAUCAGAGAUGUCGUUCACAAAUAAAAGAAAAGCUAAAACUAAAA